UUGCUCCUCACCCUCCCUCACAAGCACUCAGAGUUCAUACUAUCACCUGUUUUAUGGCAACCAACUCUCUUUCAUCGACCAUGAAGGCGAGAGUGGAGGGUGAGGGACCAGCUCCAUUCAACACUGGGUUUGACGACAACAACAACAAUAGUUGUGAUGGUACCAACCAUGACAAGAACAAGAAGCCUGACAGUUUGGAGCUCCGCCUAUGGUGGCCUUCGGAGACUACGCAACAGGAGGGUAUGGAAGUCGUAGAGGAGCGCAAGGAGGUGACGAGGUCAGUCGAGAACAGGGUGAAGGUGCCAGAGACGGGGACGUCCAUCCAUCCACAUGUGAUCGCACCAAGUGCUAGAAAGUAUUGGACCGACGAGGAACAUAUGCUCUUUCUCCAUGGAUUGGGUGUCUAUGGGCGUGGAAAAUGGAAGGAAAUAUCCAAAUACCUUGUCACCACCAAGACCCCUGUGCAAGUUUCAAGCCAUGCACAGAAGUACUUCAGGAGGAUAAAGAAAGGAGAGUCGGAAAGGCAACGGUACAGCAUCAACGACCUAGAGCUCAAAUUUGUCAUACCAGGGACAAUUGGAAAUAACUCUAGUGCUUAAGGAUCUCUCAUCUUCGAUGAUGUUGAUAACCAGAACUGAAGUUUCGUCAUGUAAACUCCAUAGUGAGCAAGGUCCUGAAUUUCAACAAUAAUGCUUAGUUUUAGUUACCUUUCUCAAGCACAUAUCCUUCAAAAAAUUGUAUCUUGUUGACGACAAUAUGUCUCAGUUACUUUAUUGGGAGAGUAGACCAUAUUGUGUGUU